AUGACCGAAAUGCGGCCGCCACGGCCGGGAAUCGAACUCUCGCCCUCGUAUGCUGAGCCGCGUAGCGCACUAGCCGCUGACACCGCGGCGGGCGCAAGGUCGACCAACCGGUCGUCGACCGGCGACACGUCGUCGGCGAGGACAUCGGCGUCGCAGCCGCCGCCGCCGGCAGCGCGCGCGCGCGGUCCGAGCGACGCUCAGCAGGAGUCCGAGGAGGGAGGAAUGCGCCCGGCGCCGAACGCGAGCCCGGCUCCGAGCAGCCAGGAGUCGUCCGAGUGCGGCGACCUCAACCUGGUGCCGCCGCCCAGGCCCUCACGGCGAGUGAUUCCGCAGCUGAUCAGUCGUCUGCAGGGGUCGAGGCGUGUGGCCGUGGCGCUGUCGGCCGCCCUUGCGGCCAUGCUGCUCACUGUGCCCAUGGUCGCUGUGCUCGUCUCCGGAAAAGCGGGUGCGUGGCGCUCGUCGGGCCCCGGCACCGCGCUGUACCUGUGCAACGACUCGGUGUGCCACGCCGAGGCGCACUACUUCGACGACAAGCUGGACUCGUCGGUGGCUCCGUGCGACGACUACUACGCGCACGUGUGCUCGUCCCACUGGCAACGGCUUCUCGGAGGCGCUGACCUGCGCUCGGCGCUGUACGCCAGCCAGAGCCCCGGCUACGCGUACCUGGCGCUGCGAGAACUGGCCACCGCCUAUGUGGCGCAGGACGCCGACCGGGUGCACCAGAACAGGCACCACUUCGGCCACCAGAUCCUGCUGUUCGUCGCAUCCUGCGCUCAGGAGUCUUCGCGGACAUCGCGCGAGACGGACUCAUUUUCGAGUGUGCUGCGGUACCUGGACCUCGAGGGCUGGCCUUUCGACGUGACGCCGAAGGGCCGCAAGAACGUAGCGCACAUCGCGGGCAAAGUGGCCGGUUCGCUGGCCAUCUUCCCUUUCGUCACCGUGGGCCUCGAGCGGCUGCCUUCCCUCCACGAUGACCAGCAGCGCCAACCGCCCAGAGAGAGGCUUCUGGUCGUCCUCGGACAGGCCCAGCUGCUGCUGUCGCUCCACGAACACAUGGACGAGAGCCGUGCCAUGGACUGGUACCGCGAGGUCGUGGGCCGCGCGCUCAAGUUCUUCUACAAAGGUCGCGACGAAUCCAAGAUCGUCGACUCGAUCGUGGUGCUCGAGGCAGAGCUCGCUCGCUUCAUCGAGAGCCAGCCGUCGCGCAAGCCACCGCCGUUCUUCAGGGUGUCCCUUGGCAGCGUGCCUGGCAGUUCCCGCUGGGACUGGGUGCUGUUCAUGAACGGCGUUCUUAAAGGCAGCGCGGCGGCCGCUGUCGCUCAGCCCGUGGCCGUGCGCUCCAUGCUGUACCUUCAGCGGCUCGCCAGGCUCACGCAGGUCACGCCAACCGCCGUGAUGCUCAAUUACAUCGGCUAUCGCCUAAUGGUCGCCAUGGCGCCUUUCCUGCCGGGACCCACUGGUCGAACACCUGGUACGCGGGAAGACUUGGUGUCCUUGUCGGUGGAGGGCCGCCGCAUCCCGGGCAUGGAGCGGCUGCAGGCGUGCGUCCAGUUGGCGGAGAAGGUGUUCGGCGCCGCACUCACCGUCGUGCUGCGCCACGCCACGCCCUCCCUCAGCAACGCGGACACGGCGCGCAAAAUGCUCGGCCUCGCCAAAAGCGCCACCGACGCCAUGCGCACUUUCGUCAAGCAGGCUCCGUGGUUGGCAAAGGAGGACCUGAACGCGACGCUGUCGCGGCUCUCGCAGACGUCCCUCUCGCUGGGCGUACCCCGCGAGCAACCUGGCGAGGCCGAGCUAGGCCAGCUGUUCGUGGACGUGCCCAUGCUGAACGAACGCAGCAUGCUCGAGAGCUACUUUCACAUGAAGACUACCGUGCAGCGACGCUACUGGUCCGUGCUGCAGCGGGUGCGCCGGAACGGCUCUGCCGCUGCAGCCCGCGGUGAGGCCUGGAACGAAGACCUCAUCAGCUUGCACGGGAUCAGCAGCUUCGACCUCGCGUACAGGCACGACCCGGAGCGCAACAGCGUGCUCCUGCCGUACGGCGUGCUGGGCUUCCUGGCACGCGUGCAGGACGUGCUUCCCAUGCACGUGCCCCGGUUUCUGCACUAUGCCCUGCGGGGACUGUUCGCCGCCGUCGCCGACAUGCAGACCGUGCACGAUAAUCGGCCGUCGUGGAGUCGGGCAACGUCGCUGCGGUUCGCGCACGUGUCGUGGUGCUUCCUGCGGCAGUACGGCGAGGCUCUGUCGGCCGAGGCCGGCUCGCAAGCGGGCGCCGCCACCGACGCCUUCCUGGCCGAGAUGGUGGAGGACAACGCGGUGCUGGAGCCCCUGUACCGCGUCUACGUGCGCUCGUUCCCGUUGCGCGGGGGACAGCCGGCGCUAUUCCGGCUGCCCACGCUGCACUACCUUUCCACCGACGAGCUGUUCUUCGUCAACUUCGCCCUCGGACAAUGCGACCAACUGGCGACACCGGCGCGCAACGGCACGGCCGCCCGCCAGAUCCUCUUCCACGAGCGGCUGCCGGCCAAGUUCAAGGUGAACGUGCCGCUCAGCAACUCUGAGCACUUCGCUCGCGUAUACGGUUGCAAGAAGGGUUCGCCCAUGAACCCGGUCCGGAGUUGCUCCGUCUGGACGGCCACCGGAUGACCACCCGCCACCGGCUGGACGCCCCCGUGCGGUGCGCCUCUGCCGCGCACUGCACAAUGACGCCGAAUGGCGAUUGCAAUA